AUGCGAGAAGGCCGACUGAAACAUCGUAACUUAGAACAACAUUGUUGUAGUUCACUUAAAGCUGUUGAAUUAAGACGGAUUCAUUUGGAAGAACGCUAUCGAAUUCCUUUGGAAGUUCUUCCUUAUGAGAACUAUAACUAUGAUGAGGUGAAAAAUGCUUGUUGUGAGAAUGUAAUAGGAUAUAUGCCUGUUCCUACGGGUGUUGCCGGUCCUUUAUAUUUUGAUGGCGAAAUGGUACCUAUUCCACUAUCAACUACUGAAGGAGCGCUUGUUGCUUCUGUUAGUCGCGGUUGUCUCUGCCUUAAUGAAUCUGUAAAAUUGCUUGGUGCAGAUGCAUUUUACACUCAAGUAAUACGUGAUGGAAUGAGUCGAGCUCCUGUUCUUGAAUUUGAUUCAAUUAAAGAUUGCUAG